AUGGCUGUUCCAUCAAUUCAGGAUUGGUUAGAUAUUGCUGAAGGAUUUUAUACCAAAACCCAAUUCCCCAAUUUGGUCGGUGCUGUUGAUGGGAAACAUGUGAGAUUAGAGUGUCCUAAAAAAAGUGAUUGCAAUAUUUUCAAACAAUCAGCGUUUGAUAAGAAACUCUACUCUGGUCAAGUUAAUUUCCCUCCAGACACAUGUUUACCAAAUGAUACAGAACGUGUACCACAGCCUUGCCCAUAUGUCAUAGUUGGUGACGAAGCGUUUGCUUUAAACAAACAUUUGUUAAGACCCUUCCCAGGAAAAAGUUUGAAUAAUGAAAGACGUAUAUUUAACUAUCGCUUGUCCAGAGCAAGACAACAUAUUGAGUGUACAUUUGGAAUUCUGUCCAAUAAAUGGAGAGUUUUUCAUACCCCAAUUUUAGCUUCUCCCAAUGUUGCUAUAGCUAUAACAAAAGCAGCCUGUGUGUUACACAAUUUUGUUCGCCGCAGGGAUGGAUAUAUUACAGAGGAUUCUAUGAGUUGUAGAAUGGAAGAAGAAUCAGAAAGAAGAGGAGUAGGAAAUGCUUCUACAAAUGCAAAAGAGUUGAGGGAAUAUUUUGUAAAAUAUUUUAAUACUCCUGAAAAUGCCUUAAGUUGGCAAAACAAAGUAUUGGCCAUGUGA